GCCUACUGUAGAUAUAAUCACCCUCUUUGGCAUAAAGUCCACCAUCUGUGACAAGAAUAAUCGGGAAGGAAAGCGGUGCUUUUGAGACACAGACGAGGGAAGCAGUUCAGAAAACGACAUUACUUCACCUCUCAGCCAUGGCCUCGGAAGAUUCAAACAGGAAAGUGUCCUCUGUCUUCAUCACCUUGGCAACGCCUCACCAAACGAAGCCCAAGCAAUAUGGUAGGGACGAAAACGGUUGGGUGCAUAUAGGGCCUUCCCAAAGGAGCUCAGGAUUUCAAAGCUCUGCACCUCGAGAGCUUUCCCACAGGCCCCCGUGUUCUGAGAGCGGUGCAUCAGUCCAGUCGGGACACGACAUGGGAAUGCUGUGGGAAAAUGACAACAGGGAUGUUGCAGGUUCAAUAGCUGUACCUCCUCCUCUUCCUUCACCUUCUCCCCCUCUUCCUUCUCCACCUUCUCCUUCUGCGCUACAUUCAUAUCCCCCGGAUCCACUGCCCACACCACCACCUCCUGCCCAGAAACCUGUCUCACGCCCUUCGACCUCGCCCCGGUUGCUACAUCCCAACAAAGAGGUGGUAAAAAGAGCAGCAUCUAGUGGGAUGAAUACAAAUGAAAAGCCAAGUGGGAUCCAGAAAGAUAAUCCCAGUGACAGCAGAGACUUGUGUGGUUUCUGUCAAAAGCCAAUCCCUUUUUCUGAGCCAGCGUUAGCCGCUCUGAAAACGAUUUACCAUAAAAGCUGCUUCAGGUGCAGCAAUUGUAGUAAGCUUCUGGCUGGAAAAAAGUUCUACCAGAAGGAAGAAGCCGCUGAAUGUGAAGCGUGCUAUGAGGAGAGUCUCGAACGUUGCUGGUCAUGUGGUUAUCUCAUAAGAGGGCAACUCAUUCGAGCACUCCAGCGAGUGUAUCAUCCUGCUUGUUUUACCUGCAUAACAUGUAAACAGCCACUUCAAAAUUUCAUCCUGGCAGAUACAGGAGAGAUCUACUGCUAUCUGGACUACGGCAGGAAGUUUGCUAAGAAGUGCAGUGCCUGCCACAAGCUAAUUAUGUCCAGUGAAGGCAGUUUUCCAACACGCAUUGAAAGUGAUGGCCGCAACUUCCAUGAAGAGUGCUACAGAUGUGAGGUUUGUCACUUCAAGUUCUCUCUCUCUCCGGAGAAAAAGGAACAUGGUUGCUAUUCUUUGUGCGAUAAAAGGCUUUGCCUCGCCUGCUAUCAAAAACAUCAAGGGACGACUGGAUAAUAGCACUCGCGUUAAUGUCUACCAACAAACCAAAAUCACAGAAGUAAUGGAAGGCGACAUUGGCGCUCUACGUACAGGCAACAUACAUUUGGAUAUGAUGAUUUAUAUGUUUACUUAGUUUAGUACCCAGACUCUGUUAGCACAUUUCAGGUAAAUGUGGGAAUUGUACAGUAACUAAUGAUUCAAUCGUUUGCUAGUGAUACCAAUAAUAUCGCAAUACGCCGAUAAUCAGGCAAUAAUUUAGAUACUGGAAGAUAAACAUCAUCACGAUAUUUAUGCAACUGAAGAAGGGAAAAGGUUUUAGAAAAACAUCAUGUGUCAUCUUGCACAUCAAGCAUACAAAAACAUUCCAAUAUUAUUUCAUAUACAGUGGUGCCUGUUGAGAUGAAUGAUCCGACAGGGGUUUUUCAAGAUAAAUGAGGUUGUUCGGACAAUUUUGUUGCUUUGUCUGUAUGAACUCAACUCACUUCAUAACAAGCAGCAGUUUGCCAGAUAGCGACCAAUUCUUCAAAAACAGACUUCAAGCUGUUUAAUGCCACCCCAAGUUGAAGUUUGCUGUCAAAGUCCGCUUAGCUUAAUGCUAACAAACACUGCAAAACGCCAUAGACAGGCUAACGAAAAACAUCAUUGUUGCUGUGUUUUAGGCGAUGAAUAUUUGAACACAAAUGGUGGAACAACAGACAGGAGACAAAAAAAAACAAAACAACAAUAUUCACAGGCAUAUUUUCCUUAUCUUUUGCACACACAAAAAACAUAAUAUUAUAGGGUGCUAUUUUCCCUAUUAAAAAAUGCAUUACAAAUGUUGGGUGUGGAAUGGAUUAAUGGGAUUUCUAUUUAUUUAAAUGGGGAAAAAUAAUUUGAGAUACGAGUGUUUUAAGUUGUGAUUGCGGUCACGGGACGAAUUCAACUCGUAUAUCAAGGCACUACUCUAUAAAGCUAAUAUGUCCAAUUACCGUGUGUGUUUUUUUGUUUUUGUUUUUGUUUUUUUAAAGGAGCAAGAAUUGUGUUUUAUAAAAACACAAUAACAGUAAUAAAAAAUAUAUAGUACCAAAAAUAUAAAUCUAUUUGUCUCGUAGUCAUAACUGAAUCUUCAGAUAUUUAGUAAUGCUUAAAAAGGCAGUACGUAAUUAAUAUGUAAUAAAGUAUGUGUAUUCAUUGGUUGUUUAAUUACCCAGUCAGGAGAAUACUGUGGCUUAUAUCCUAUUGCAAGAUGAAAAUCAACAUAAAGUACUUGGGAAUCAGAUAGCUAUAAUAUUGAUAUUUGAUAAUUGUGUAUACUGUAAGAGAAAAAAUUAUACAUCACAAUGUUUUAAAAGUUUAUUUAAAAAAAAAAAAUCAUAUAAAUGUGAUUUGCACCUCUCCCAAAAAGAUGAAUUUGUAGUACUGCAUUGUGUAUGAUUCCAACUGUGCUUCUUCCUGACCAUGAGUUAAACAUACAAAAUGAUUUUACAUUGUGAAAUUGGAAUUAGACAACAGGGGAAUCAUGUCAGAAUGUGUGGUCUUGUUUUCCAAAUGAGUUGUAUCUACAAUUUUUUUAUAAUCAACUUUGUAUUAAAGACAAUGUCAUGGGUCAGUCAA